GCAGUCUCAGUAAUCGUUGUGGUGAUCCCUGUACACUCGCCUGUAAGCCACGACGCGGUUCCAACCACCACCUGCCUAUUAAAUCCCCCUCGUGAAACACACAAAAAUCCGUAUUUGCCGUCGAUCCUAUACACGUUGCACAGUGAAAUGCAUAUUUUAAACUGGGGAUUGGGCUGACAAGCCCGGGCGAUUGGUGAGCUUGGGGCAUUACUGAGGGCAGCGAAUGCGCACCCCAACCUUAUUGCAACGUUAAUCUCAGCAGGGCCUUUAUAUAAGCUUUAUUCCCCCGUUUGCGCCCCCUAAGGGUCCAAUUUGUGCCAGUAGAUGUAUUCAAAGGUGGAAUUUCUCUAUCGCACAUGAUGACCGCCAAAGAAGUGCCACACAUGACGGUGCAAGCCUUGUCCAACGCCCAGGAUUUGUACAAGUCUACACGCGCAGAUCAUAGCGCCAUGAAUAGAAUGGGAAGAAGCCAAGAGCUUGUUCGGUACUACGAUUUCUUGAGCAUGCUUUCGUUUGCGGCCAUUGCCACUAGCGCAUGGCAGCUUACUCUCUUCCAAGCCACUCCGGCUCUCGAAAAUGGCGGCUUGGCCGGAUCGACUUGGUCUACUAUUUGGGCAUUCUUCCUCUUCAUCCCUAUUUACUUGAGCAUGGCAGAGAUGGCUAGUAUUGCCCCGAUUGCAGGAGCGCAGUAUCACUGGGUCAGCGAGUUUGCCCCAGAUAGCUGGCAGAGACUCUUGAGCUACGUGGAAGGCUGGUUGUCAACUCUUGCAUGGCAGGCUGGUAACGCCAGUGGCAUGUUCCUCGCAGGCACUCUCAUUCAGUCCAUUGUCCUUAUCAACAACGAAGACUACCCGUCCCCAAACUGGCAAGGAACGCUGUUUGUCAUGGCCGUCAUCGUUAUGGCCACGCUCGUCAACAUCUACGGGUCUUCCAUCAUCCCUCGACUCCAGACUCCAUUCUUUGCUCUUUCUGUGGUUACUUACAUUGCGCUGAUGGUAGUGAUUUGGGUUAGGGCACCUGCGGCGACAUCUACACAAGUCUGGACCGAGUGGAAGAGUCUUGCUGGCUGGUCCCCAGUGCCGUUGGCUGUCAUGAUUGGUCAACUGUCAUCCAUGGGCAACUACACUGGCGUAGACACUGUGGCACACAUGUCAGAAGAAGUCAAAGAUUCUCCACGCAAGGUCCCAAGAAUCAUGCUUGCUGUUUUUGGAGCCAAUAGUCUUCAAAUCCUCUUCACCACGAUUACCAUGUCGUACCAUUUGCCAGAUGUGGACGCAUCCCUGCAAGACAGCACAACAUACCCUGCCAUCUACAUCAUGAAGGCGGCGAUGCCUCUUCCUUGGGUCACCACCAUGCUGACAUUGAUUUGCUUCUUCCUUAUGCUCGGCAAUGUCUCGUUUCUUGCUGCCACGACUAGAGACAUGUUUGCCUUUGCAAGAGACCAAGGAUUGCCAUUUUCCGUCUGGAUCAGCAAAGUCGACAAGGACCGCAAGAUUCCCGUCAAUUCGUAUAUUUUGUCGGGCAUCCUUUGCACGCUUCUCAGUCUCAUCUACAUCGGUAGCUCGACCGCAUUUUACGCCAUUAUUUCGUUGGGCGUUAUCGCAACCCUGCAAUGCUACAUGAUAAGCAUCGGCUGUAUCCUCUGGAGACGAAUCUAUUUCCCAGAAACUAUCCCUGAGCGUUCCUUUGCACUGGGACGAUGGGGCGUCUUUACCAACGCCACUGCCGUGUUGCUCUGUGGAUGGGCUCUUUUCUGGUCAGCCUGGCCGACAGAGUAUCCAGUGACGGCAGCUACAUUUAACUGGGCAUCGCCAAUCUUUGCUCUGACGGCCAUAUGCUCGAUAGUAUCGUACUACUAUUGGGGACGCAAGCGUUAUGUUGGACCUGUUCACUUGAUUGAGGACCGCAAGCUUAUGUAGCGAGAUGUUGUGGUAGCUGUGGUGGGACGAGUGUGUCGAUCUUUUUCGCAAACUACUCAGCCUUGUUUGUAAUUGUCGUUAGUCAUGUAAAUAGAUUGUUUGCCAAUUCACUCUGGUGAGCUCCCCGUCCCCCGUGGCCCAUCCUGGCGCUGUAACCAAACCGAGCCCACGGAGCCGAGUCCCCCGCCUGUUUUCUCCAGUGGUCACCACCGCCAACGCUAAAGCCAGCCCGCAUCAGCAUGCCCCCUGUAAGCCACUUUGCAAACCAAGCCUAAAGCGCUGUAGCCCGGUGGCCAGCCCACUGUUUGUCGGCGCUGGCCCACUCUCGGUGCUUGCUGUAGCGGUGGCUGCGCGAAUCUCGACAACGCUAAACCCCCGCAUCUUGUGGCGUGCGGAGAUUGCUGCUGGCGUUCGGGCCUUUUAUUCACACUGGUGCUUUUUGUUGCAUCGUCCUCGCUUGCAUUUCGGCGUUGUUUGGUUUUGGUGUCGUGAGUUUGGAUGGGCUGAUGAUGUAGCUGGUGAAAUAUUUUACAGCAGCUGGCGGUGUCUUUGAUUUAUUUCUUUCCCUCUGCUAUAUAGCCUGUGUCUUGCGCUGCAUUGUUUCUCCGAACCGCAACAACACGGCUGUGGUCAUCGCCAGAGCUUUCCCUCUCGCCAGUAGCACCAGGCUGUUGUUCCCC